AUGGACGACGAUCUAUAUGACGAGUUUGGAAACUUCAUUGGCGAGGAUGUCGAGGCCUCUGAAGAAGAAUCCGAGCAUGGCGUGGACGUAGGCAACUUUGCCUACGGCGAGUACCCCGAGGCAGCCCAAGAAGCUCCCACCGAGGAGCAGAUGGAUGUUGAUGGACCUUCAAACGCAGUCAUUCUCCAUGAAGACAAGCAGUACUACCCGACAGCGGCGCAAGUGUACGGGGAAGGAGUCGAGACAUUGGUGGAAGAGGAAGAUGCACAACCCCUAACACAGCCCAUCAUUGCCCCGGUCGAGCAGAAGAAGUUCAGCAUCGAGGAAGCCGACCUACCGCCCGUCUACUUCGACCGGAGUUUCCUGGCCGACCUCAUGAACUUCCCGGAACAGAUUCGGAACGUCGCCUUGGCAGGACAUCUGCACCACGGCAAGACUGCAUUGAUGGACAUGCUGGUUCUGGAGACCCAUGCGAUCACAGAGCGGUUGGAUAAGCGGACGGGAAAGAAGCGGGACGAGCAACUCCGAUACACCGACGUUCAUGUCCUCGAACGGGAUCGGGGGCUGUCGACCAAAGCCGCCCCCAUGAGCUUGGUCCUCCCAAACACCAAAGGGAAAUCGCAUCUUGUCAACAUCCUCGACACCCCGGGGCAUGUGGACUUCGUCGAUGAGGUGGCGGCAUCAUUGCGGUUGGUGGACGGCGUGUGCUUGGUAGUGGAUGUGGUCGAAGGGGUGCAGGUCAACACGGAGCAGAUCAUCAAGCACGCGGUUCUCGAGGACAUCCCACUUACGUUGAUCGUCAACAAGAUGGAUCGGCUAAUACUCGAGCUGAAGCUACCGCCCAACGACGCAUACUACAAGCUGAAACACGUCAUCGAGGAAGUCAACACCGUUAUUGAGAACACAAUACCCGGACGGGGUGCGGAAAGGAGGAUAAGCCCCGAGAAAGGGAAUGUGCUCUUCGCCUGUGCUUCCAUGGGCUGGUGCUUUACGUUGGCGUCUUUUGCCAAGAUGUACUCUGACAGCUUCGGCGGCGUCAACAUCCAGGAGUUCUCACGGCGGUUGUGGGGAGACGUCUACUUCAACCCGCGGAAACGGAGUUUUACCAGGAAACCCGUCGAGCCAGAAGCCAAGCGAUCAUUCGUCAACUUCAUCCUGGAGCCGAUAUAUAAGCUGUACUCUCACACCAUUAGCGAGAGCCCGGAGGACCUGAAGGAGACCUUGGAGAAGCUCGGCAUCCAGCUCAAGCCAUCUCAGUACAAGUCGGAUCCAAAAGUACUCCUGAAGCUUGUCUGCGAGCAGUUCUUCGGGCCAUCAACUGGGUUCGUCGAUAUGGUCUGCCAACAUGUUCCCUCGCCGGCCGAGGCUGCUGAGAAGAAGCUGUCACAGUACUACACCGGACCGCUAGACACCAAGAUAGCACAGUCGAUGAAAAAGUGUGACCAAAACGGGCCGCUGGUGAUUCACGUAACGAAGCUCUUUAACACCGCCGAUGCCAAGAGCUUCUACUCGUUUGGGCGCGUGAUGAGCGGUAUCGUGCGGCCGGGCAUCGAAGUCCGGGUCCUCGGCGAAGGUUACUCUAUCGAUGACGAGGAAGACAUGGUGUUGGGGAGAGUCUCCGACGUCCUCAUCGGCGAGACACGAUACAACAUCCCCACCGACGGCGUUCCCGCAGGUAACUGGGUCCUUCUAGGAGGCGUGGACAACUCAAUCGUCAAGACCGCCACCAUCGUCGACAAGAAGUUCGAGGACGACGAGGACGCCUACAUCUUCAAACCACUAUCACAUUUCACCGAGUCCGUUCUCAAGGUCGCGGUCGAACCCAUCAACCCAUCCGAGCUUCCCAAGAUGCUUGACGGCAUCAGAAAAAUCAACAAGAGUUACCCCUUAAUCACAACAAAAGUGGAGGAGUCGGGCGAGCACAUCAUUCUCGGCACCGGCGAGCUGUACAUGGACUGCGUGCUGCAUGACCUGCGGCGGCUGUAUGCGGACAUGGAAGUCAGGGUGUCAGAUCCUGUCGUCCGGUUCUGCGAGACGGUGCAGGAUAUGUCGGCCACGAAAUGCUAUGCCAUCACACCCAACAAGAAGAACACCAUCACGAUGGCAGCAGAACCCCUGGAUGACGGGAUCGCCAGGGACAUCGAGUCAGGGGCGGUCAGGAUACGAGAUCCGAUGCGCAAGACGUCCCAAGUUCUUCGAGGAGAAGUCGACAAGAAACGGCUGAACACAGUCAAGGAGUCGAUCCGCCAGGGAUUCAGCUGGGCGACUCGUGAAGGGCCGCUCUGCGAAGAACCCAUACGCAACACCAAAUUCCGACUCAUUGACAUCGCCCUGGCCCAGGAGGCCAUCUUCCGCGGCGGCGGCCAGAUUAUUCCCACCACACGCCGCGCCUGCUACUCGUCUUUCCUGAUGGCCUCGCCCCGGCUCAUGGAACCCAUGUACUCGGUGUCGAUGACGGGCCCACAGGACUCUGUCAGUACAGUCUACAACAUCCUGGCCCGUCGCCGCGGGCAUGUCCUGUCGGACGGCCCUAUCGCGGGCACACCCCUCUACCGCGUGGACGGCCUGCUGCCCGUGAUUGACUCAUUCGGCUUCGAGACGGACCUGCGCAUCAACACCCCCGGCCGCGCCAUGGUCAGCCUGGUCUUUGACCGCUGGAAUGUCGUGCCCGGCGACCCGCUCGAUCGGGAGGCGGUGACGCGCCCGUUGCAGAUGGCCACCCCGCUGGCCACCGCGAGGGAUUUUGUGCUCAAGACGAGACGGCGCAAGGGGCUAAGCGAGGAUGUGACGGUGGCCAAGUUCUUGGAGGCUGAGUUUUAUCAGAAGUUGGUCGAGGAGGGGACUUUGGAUGGCGCUUGA